AUGAAGGGUAGGUCGACACUGACAGGUUGGGUGGAACUUCUAGAGGACAUUAUCAACAACAUAGAGAAUGGCUACUCCGUCUCCGGGAUCUUCGUCGACAUGAGUAAGGCUUUUGAUUGCCUAGGCCACGAAUUGAUUCUAUCAAAACUGAGCUUCCUGGGAAUAGAUGGAAGGGCUCUCUGCUGGUUCUCUGACUAUCUGGAAGACAGGUCACAAAUUGUGGAAAUUUCUCACGUCACUGGGGGGAAGUUGUGCAGGUCAAGAUCCUGUCCUCUGCCUGUACGCAGAGGUGUGCCUCAAGGAUCAGUGUUUGGGUCCUGUUAUGUUUAUAUUGUUUACUAA